UUUGAAAUAAAAAUUGAAAAAAAAUGGAAGUUUCAAAAUUUGUUGUGUAUAAGCUGUUAGUCUUACUAUUAUUAUUCGUCGAUCAGUCAGUGUCAGAUUAUGACCAGUUGUGGAACUGCAGCACAGACAUUGAAUUUGCUUCGAAUGAAAGCAACUGCCAUACUCUGCACCAGCGGCUUCUCUCACCUGCAAGCGUGGACAGCUUUUCUAAUGAGAUGAGAACCAUGGCACCUUCGGACAUGUCGCAAGUCCAUCUUCAAGGUGAUGAGACUGCGCCCAACUCCAGCAAAAAUUCAAGCACCAAUGAUGAGGACAAUGGUGAAUUCCAUUUUCUAGUUACCGGCGGCUACCGUCCCGAAAAGAAUGAUCUGAUUAAAUUUGCAGUCUCGCUACGUCAUACGCCAAGUCAUAAAUUCUUUGGCGACACUCAUUUUUGUGGCGGCAGUCUAAUAUCGAAGACAGCCGUUCUAACAGCAGCCCAUUGUCUGUUUUCAGGGCGCAGCAAGCUUCGACCUGGUAAGGUAAAGGUAAUUGCCGGUACACCGCGUCGCCUAAUUAAGACAUCUAGCACCCAAGAAUUUAGCGUGGAAAAAGUGAAGCCGCAUCCGCAGUACUCCUCGACUCGCCUAACCAAUGAUGUUGGGGUUUUGCGACUCAAAAGCGAGGUGAGACAAGAUGGAAGUUUUGUCGCUAUUAUACCCUUAGCUGACCAGGUUCCCCUGGCUGGAUUGGAGUGCACAGUCGUUGGAUGGGGUACUGUAAUUCAGUACGGCCCAAUACCCGACGAGGCGGUCAACGGCGAUUUGACAAUCAAAUCGAAAGACUAUUGCUCUAAGCUGCAGCAUUUUGGCAAAGGCAUGAUAUGCGCCUCGAACCCAAAGGAUUUCGAAGUGGACGCCUGCCAGGGCGAUUCGGGUGGACCGCUAAUUUGCGCCGGAAAAGUGGUGGGAAUCGUUUCCUUUGGCUACGGCUGCGCGAUGCCAAAUUCCGCCGGAGUUUACACCGAUGUGCAUCACUUUCGCAGUUGGAUAGAGCUUAACGUGGCAACGUGCUCAUUCUGCCCGUCCUGGUUUUGGCUUCUACUGAUCACGCUGGCAAUGCAAGCUCUGUGAGAAUCUCCUUAGAUGCGAUUUUCAGUUGUACUAUCUAUGCACACUCAACAGGUGGGUUGGCCUGCGGCUUUUCGGCAGGCAUAUCCUGCAUAUGACAAGCCAAAAUUGAGUGAAACCAUGGCGCUGAAGUCUUCUCUAAAUCCAAAACCAGCGACAAAAUGCGGUGACCGCCAUAAUCACUCGCACGAAGUUGCAUAAACACACCCACAAAUCCACACACACACACACACGCACACAUUCGCAUUUUAACACACACACACACGCUCUCAUUUUAGACAACAGUUUAUGGUUUAUUGGAUUGCUGGAAUUACUGUGUCUGACAGCAAUUAUCACAUCACGAACGCAGCGAAUGUCAGAUUGCCGCCGCAGCCAUACUACAAAAUUGAAUAUAACUAAUAUAUUUGCUGAGGAUCUGGGGGAAAAAACCGACUCUACAGCAAAUUUUCAGCAGUUACUUAAAUCCACAAUAUUUAUCUUAGAUUCAACUUUCGUUUGUAUCUAAUACAUUUACAUAAAUAUACUUAAAUUCAAUAUUACAUAAA